CCCCACCAUGUUGCCCAGCCGUGUGUGAACUGAGGCGAUGGAGAGCCCGUCGUCCACAGUGAGGCGGCGAGCCUGGAUCAACAGCAGCCGCCAGUGGCCCACUCUGGAGGAGCAGGACUCUGAGGAGCCGCUGUGCAGCCUCCCCUCUGCAUCUAUAGCAGACGAUGAUGUCUUUUCUGAGGGAUGCUUCACAGGAAAGAUUGAAAGCUGGCUCCUGGGUUGUGGGUCAGAGGCCAGCUCAGAGAAGUCCGGUCAGCUGAGUUUUGAGUCUGUAGCCAAAGGCAACACCUUGGACGAUGAACUGAGUCUUGGUGCUGAUGCUUCUUUGUUAAGCGGUGGGGAGAUUCAAUCUGGAGCUGGCCUCACAAAGCAUCCUUCCUCCAAACAAGCUCCAAUCAGACUCACCAGUACCCCUCGUCAGGCACUAUGUCAGCCAACGCUGAACUUGGGCCACAGCAUGGCCUCCAGCUGCAUCUCCUCCUCCACCAUUAAAACUACAUCAAGUAUAUCAGAGGUCCUGCAGAUUCUUUCGGAGGAUGCGGAGGAGACGCUGUACGAGCUGGGUUUUGGCAGCGAUGAGCCGCAGGUCACUGUCCGCAUCCCUCCUCGCUUCUUCACCUUCCCCUCUCAGACCCAGGGCAUAAACUUCCGCCUCUUCCUGGAUUCACAGCUCCGGAGGAUACGGGAGGAAGACCCCAGCCUCUCUCUUGCUAGUCGUUUCAGACAAGUGCAAGUGCUCACAGAGAUGGCCAACGCUUUCUACUCCCUCUACUCCCACGUGUCUCGCACUCCUCUACAGAAACUGGCAACACCAGAGUUUAACUUCUCCUCCUCCCCUGUGGAGAGGAUCGAACGCUUCAGGAGCAGCGUCCGCAGCGAGCCACGCUCUCCUGUGGAGAGACUGAAGGACACCGUCUCCAAGAUGUGUCUCUACACCGGCUCUCCUCGUGGCUCAGACUCCACCUCUCCGCAGCCUUCACCCAGAAAAAGGUCCAGCCUCCCUGACGUGGUGGAUAUAGUCCUGGAGAAAGCCAAGAUUGGGUUGAACAAAAAACUGGAUAUGGGGGAAUAUAAUAAGAGCAUUUCAGCUGUGGAUGUGGGGUUUGUCACAGAUGGUGAUGAACCCUGUGACAGUGGGAAAGAGGAGCAAACACAGCAGACGACGGCAGACUCAGACAUUGUUCAAAAUGGAAAUAAGAUGUGUCAUAAUGAGAUGCAGAGCACAAAACAAACAGAUAAGGUCGACGGUGAUAAAACAGCCGUCACACCAGCAAACAGCAGGACUCACAGUGUAAGAACGUCUCUGGCGUCAUCAGUAUCAGGAGAAACUGUGAUAGAAAUAGAGCAUCAAUUUAUUUCCCCUAAAACUGAGACAAGGACUGCUAACAUGAAACCAGUUGCCAAGGUUACAUAUGAUCUAAUCUGUCCUCAGAUAGUAGAGAGUGUACACCAGGCGCCUUUCUGCUGUCAACACACACAUAGUCCAAACACAAACUGCUCUGAGACAGAACGAGAUACAUCCUGUCCUGGAUCACAUAAAACUGAUACACAAACGGCUAUCUCUGAGCCGAGUGCAUCCACAUCACUUCCUGUCCUCACGGCGAGCGGGAGCUUAGCCCAGUGCUGCAUCACUGUGACUGGCUGGGAGGAGGAUGGCGCCUCACUGCCAGAUUCCGGCCAUACCUCUACUGUCCCACCUGUCCAGACAUGCGAGGAGUCAACCAAAGAGGGGAAAAGACACUACCUGAAUCCACUGACACAUCAGGGCCCGGGGCAAGACUCCAAUAACCUGCAACAGGUUAACUCCUUUGAGCUCGAAGAGGUGCAUAGUGCAGGAGAGGAAGAUUUUGGACAAUCAGUAACUACAAGAGCAACAACCCCCCUGUUGUCCAAGAAAAAACACAACAAAGGUGAGGUGAUCCGGGGCGACAGCAUGCAGUCAGACAGCAGCGGCUACGCAGAAGAAGAAGUCAGCCCCUCAAACAUACACAGCAGAUGACAGAAACCCAGAACUCCAUACAGACAUUGUCAAAACGAUUUCUCUCCUGUGGACUUUUUUUCAUGCACUGAAGAUUUAAGUUUCCAAGCAAAGGACCUCCAAUCAAACAGGCCCAACAGAUUAAGAUGGCAUGGUUCUGUUAGAGACUUUGUCACGACUGAAGAAGUUAGUUUUUUUGCAAUAAGAAGAGUUGGAGGCAUGCAGAGCAUUACAUUUCUCCUCAGUUUUCAUACUGAAUAUUAUAUAUAAGUCGUCAUUCAGUAAAACCGUUCAUGGUCUAAGGUCUUGAUGAAAUACUGUGUGGACCAUAUUUUAUUUAAAUGCACAAUGAGGAAUUAUCGUUUUAGCUAUAGGUUUCUCAGUCAAAAUCAGAGUUUGGUGACGUAAAGUAGCGUGUUCAUGGGAGAUGUUUUCUUCAUUCUUCAUUCCUUGAGUGUUUACUGCACAUAGUGAUCAAAACCAGUCAAAAUCUAAAAAGUAGUGUAAAAAUGUGGCUUAUAGCUGGACAAAAUGUCUAUUAUGCUAAUGCAUGUGGAAAGGGGAUAUGACGCCAUCGACAGGCGACCAAAUGACCUUGAACUUGAUUAAAAUUAUGGAUUUUUCCUGAAUUUGAAAACACAUUUGGGAAGUACAAAACUUAAAAUAUGACAAAUCUAUUGAUUUUUUUAGAAAUUUCAAUGUAGUAAAUGUAUAUAUUAUACCUUUUAAUAGCAAUUACAUUGGGAAUUUGCACAUGUUCACAAGUUAUUACAACAGUUGGCAGCAGAAU